UUUUCCCAAGUAGAUCUAGAAGCCUUUACAGAUCAACAUCAAAGCAAAACCAUAGAUACUAUAAAUUAUCUAUGUCAAAACAUUCUGUUUGGUAGAAAAUGAGUUCUAAAGCUGGAGUACCGCCGAAGGGGAGAGGAAGAGGCCGUGGGAGAGGUCGUGGGAGAGGCCAAGGACAGCACAGUAUCAGACCUGGAACAGAGUCUUCUUCUACCAAGUCGCAAUCACCCUCUCAGAGACCAGGAUCACAUCAACAACAGCCGUCACUGUCUAACACUGCUCCUGUACAGAGACAAACACCUACUACAGUCCCCCCCAGCCAACUAGGACCCCCUGUGACCAUACCUCCUAAGCAGCAACCCGUACCCCCCACCACUGUUCCCCCACAGAACCAAAAAACACAGGCAAAGUCCACCCUACCUCGUACUGGUCCACAGCAAGAACGGCCAUCUCUUGCUACUCCACAAACACCACCAAACUUAGUAUCCACGUCAACUCACCCGGAAGCUACCUCUAUGCUUAAAUGCACAGCCGCUCCCACUAAGACCACUCAAAGAAGUCCUCAGACUGGUGCAAGCUCCUCAUUUCCCGCUGCCUCAACAGGAUUACCGCCAUCGCAAGGACCAAACAACCAUGGCAAGAAACAACCACCGGAUCGACCCGAGUUUGGAAAGAAGGGAAGACAAAUUAUGGUCAGAGCAAAUUUUUUUCCUGUUCAACUCCCUCGUCAUCUCACGAUUCAUCAGUACGAUGUGUCCAUUGCUCCACCAUCAAAGUACCCUAAAUGGAUGUGCAGAAAGAUUUUCGAGUCUAUGAAAGCACAGUAUUCAGAGUCCGUAUUUCAAGGCCAGAAAUGUGCAUUUGAUGGAAACAAGAACAUCUAUUGCCACAAGAUUCUAACAUCAGUUGGCGACAAGAAAUUACAAUUACAAGUUGAAUUAUAUAUCGAGGGAGAUUCUAACCCGAGAACAUUCAGCGUCACUUUGCAGAAGGUCAACAGUAUGCACAUCGAUACGGGACGAAUUGAGAGUAUUUUGAGAGACGCUACUGAGCAAAUGCCACUCAUUCAAGCCCUUGAUAUCAUCAUGAGGCAUCUACCGUCAUUGAAAAUGGAGCCAAUUGGUCGCUCGUUUUUCUCCCAACCAGCCCACCCCUACAAUCUCGGUCAAGGUGUGGAAGUAUGGCCAGGCUACUAUCAGAGCCUGAGGCCAACUAUGGGAUGGAAGUUCAAGCUCAACCUUGACACAUCCUCUACGGCUUUCUACACUGAGCAAUCUGUUGUCGACUUCAUGUGCACACUGCUAAGAGUAGGGAGAGAUGCCACACGAGACCUGACUGAAGAGGACAAGCAGAAGUUUACGAUAAGAGAGCUGACAGACAGUGACCGCAAACGAUUAGACAGAGAUAUCAAGGGGCUAAAAAUCGAAGUCACUCAUUUGCCAUACCCUCGCAAGUACAAGGUACUGAGUGUGACUCGCAGCUCGGCAGAGAAUCAAACCUUUCCUCUGGACAAUGGAACGACGAGCACUGUAGCCAAAUAUUUCCGAGAACAUAAGAGCAUAAUUCUCAAGUAUCCACACUUACCUUGUCUUCAUGUUGGUCAGAAGAGUAGAAACGUCUACAUUCCUCUUGAACUUUGUAAACUUGUCGGAGGUCAACGUUGUACGAGGAAGAUGAACGAAAUACAGACAGCCAAUAUGAUUAAAGCAGUCACCAAACCAGCUGAUGUCCGAGAACGAGAAAUCAAUGAGAAAUUUCGAGACUCUGGUAUCGCUAAAGACCCAAUACUCAAAGAUUUUGGAAUCACAGUUAGCGAUCGUAUGGUGACAAUACCAGCCCGAGUGCUUGAUUCACCCUCUCUCAAGUACAACGGUAAACAGACGGUCAAGCCACCCGGUGACAAAGGAGCUUGGGAAAUGAGAGGUGAAAAAUUCUAUCAAGGUGCCACUGUGAAUGGAUACGCUGUUUUGGUCUUGUCCAAAUUCGUCAAGGAUUUUGAAGUCGACAAGUUCACUAGUAUGCUCGAAAAAGCAGGCAGAGAGAGAGGAAUGACUUUCAAUGGAAGAAAAAUAGUAAAAUUCCACAAUCCAUUUGGACGAGGGGCUGCUUCUAUCGAAACCAUUUUUACUGAACUUAAAACUCAAGUCAACCUCAUCGUUGCUAUCAUUGACAAGGGAGGCACUUUGUACAGCGAGGUGAAACUUAUUGGUGAUACUACAGAGGCUGGAGUUGCUACUCAGUGUGUGCUGUCAAACACAGUGCAAAGAAAAUGUAACCCAGCCACCUUAGGAAACAUCUGCCUCAAAAUCAACCCAAAACUUGGAGGAGUCAACAACAUCAUUGAUCCUUUCUCAAGGCCACCCAUUUUUCGAACUGAUCGUGUGAUUGUGUUUGGAGCAGAUGUCACUCAUCCCAAAGCCGGAGAUACCACCACCCCAUCUAUUGCUGCUGUGGUAGCAAGUAUGGACCUCACUGCUAGCAAAUUCAAGGGAAAACACCAUGUUCAAAAACAUAGACAGGAAAUUAUUGCUGAGCUGAAAAAAAUGACAAAAGAACUUUUGAUUGAUUUUUAUCGAGCAAAUGGAAAAAUCAAACCUUCUUGUAUCAUCUUCUAUCGUGAUGGAGUCAGUGAAGGCCAGUUCGAUCAAGUCCGUAUCAAUGAGAUUGCAGCCAUACAGCAAGCAUGCACAGAACUGGGAAGUGGCUACGAGCCUAAAAUCACCUUCAUUGUGUGUCAGAAACGGCAUCACACUCGACUCUUCCCAGUAGACCGCAAAGAUGCUGGGAAAGGCAAUAACGUCCCUCCUGGUACGAUUGUCGAGAAAGAAAUCACCCACUCCAACGAGUUCGAUUUCUACCUCUGUUCCCAUGCCGCCAUCCAAGGCACCAGCCGUCCAUGCCAUUAUCACGUACUGUGGGACGAUAACAACUUUACUUCUGACGAUCUUCAGAUCCUCUCCUACCAACUAUGCCACACUUUCUGGCGCUGCAACAGGAGUGUUUCCUAUCCAGCCCCGGCUUAUUACGCCCAUCGUGCAGCUGCUCAUGCUCGAGUGUUGUAUCAAGCCAACGAGGACAGGUGGUCGAGUGACGGAGGCAGUAUGGCCAGUGGGAGCGUUGAUAUGGAUACCAUGGAUAAAGAUAUUACUAUCCACAUCGACAGAAGUGGGGACAUGUACUUUAUGUAAGGACACUGUGUAACUGUAGGUAUGUUAGUGUAAUUGUGCUCAUCACUAUUGUUUCAUUUAUCUUUCAUUCAACGUGUGUGAUGCUCAUUGAAACUGAAGGCAAAUUGUAGUGUAAUUGUUUCAUCAGGUGUCACAUUCUUGUUUAAAUAUGUCAUUACUUUUAUUUCACAAAAAGUAUGCAGCUUUGUUGAUAAAAAAUGUA